AUGCCGUUUGAGGAAGUUCAGCAGUGGGUGAAGAAGCGCGUUGACAAGAAGCCGGUACAAGACCCGCCGUCAUCUCCUACCUACAAGGCUGGACCACCUGCGUACAUGGCUGGGCCGCCUGCCUUCAUGGCACGCAGACGUACUGCUGAGCUCUUCACGCCAGAAGGCCGUAGGAGCUUCGUCAUGAAGCAUUUGCACCUGGAUCCCCUGACAGCCGCUACGUAUGAACAGGCAAUCCAAGAAGGCACACACAUGAUCGGUAAGCAGGGCUACGGUGAUCUGUGUGAGACACCCCAGUCCGUGCUUGAUGUCUGGGUUGCCAAAGAGCGCGGUGAGGACCCUACCCGCGUCAAGAAAAUUCAUACUUCCGUCACGGUCCCGAGAGGAUACCUCAUCUACCUGGAAGAGCUGACCAAGGCUAGAAGACGCGGCGAGAUCGAGCGGGAGGUUGUUGCGCUUCAGGAGAAGGCGCAACAGAAGUUCUAUCCGGGGCUUAAUGGCAUCAUGCGAUCGGAGUACAGGUACAAGAUCAACAGACUGGAAAAGGAGCUUGUCGAAAUCCAAGCCAUCGGAUGGCACCGGUAUCUUGACAACUGGUGA